AUGCUUAUUGUGGGGCUGACAGGUGGUAUCGCGACCGGCAAAUCAACUGUUUUAGCCAUAUUAAAGGAGAGGAAUGUCGCAGCUAUUGAUGCUGAUACAAUAUCAAGAGAUCGCAGGCAUUUCAUGUAUACGCAAUUGCUUAAUAUUUUUAACGAGGAUGGAACUCGUGUGGGGAGGAACAAACUAGGUGAAAUUGUCUUCGCUGAUCCCGAAAAACGGAAGGUUCUUAAUAGGGUCAUCCAUCUCAUUGUGUUUAGACGCAUCAUUGUUCAGAUUCUGCGCAAUUUCUUUUCAGGACGGGCCAUUAUAGUUCUGGACAUACCAUUGCUUUUUGAAAACCGUACCAUGUUGUGGUUUGUAUUGGAUAUAAUCGCCAUUCCUUGCUCCCCCGAGGCUCAACUCUCUCGUCUCUUAAAACGCAAUCCCGAUCUCUCUGGCGGCACCGCUCUCUCCUGA